CGCGCCCGGACGCGUCCAUUUGUUACUUGCAGGUGUGGACCAACCAUGGUGAUCGACGUAUCUAUUUCAUUAUCCAACGCCUUUAAUCCGAAACUCCCGUCAUGCGUCGCAAACCUUGGUCACGACGAACUUGUUCUCAUAGAAAUGCAAGGCACGCUUGACAUAGAGUGCAAUGAAGACACUUCGACUAGAGACGCGCAGUUCGUUGGCAAAUUGAACCUCACGAACGCCAACAAACCCACGUUGAUCAUUGGGCAUCAUUUACUUGAUGGCAAGGUUGUAACCUUACCCAAACCAUUGGGCGUGAUGCAUCGCAAGGAAACUUCCAAGAGAUAUGACUGUCCUGGAGAUGAAGAUAGCUCUAGAUCGGCGGAAGACACUUCCAACCCUGGCGUUAGCUGGGGCAUCGUCGCCGUGGUGAAGAAAAAGAUCGUGUUUUCCAAACGACCCAUGCCGAUCGUGAACUUGGGCGGUAGUACUCAAAAAGGGAAAGUUUAAAUCAGGAUUAAAAUGCACAAUCCCUGAUGCGAAGCGUUCCUCGUUUGACCGUGAUGGAGCUUGGUUGAGCAGCUCUUUCGAUCAUGGGUCGGUCGCCGACAGAGCGC